CAUACACACAGGCAUAACGACGACGGCGGUGGUGAUGAGGUUCGCGCCGUCCGACACCACCAGAGCCGGGGAGGUAUCGGUGAGCGAUUUUUAAAAACAGUCCCAUCUGAGACAUUGUGUGAAUUACAUGUCCUGAGGAAGCGAACGUCCCGGGUUAGGAGUGUUGCGACUUAUCAAGUAAAGUGAGGAGUUUGUAUACACAGAAUCGGUUUGGAAGUGUCAUUUGAUGUUUUCGCUAAUCGCGGGGUUAGAGAAAUAGUUUUUUUUAGUGAAACGAGGAAGCGGGAGGACAUUCAGUGUAACUUCGUGUCUUGUGCUGGGAAGACGCACAUUUCUUCAAGAUUGUAAGACCCUGUGUACGCAUGCCUGCCGGGCGUUGAAUAGUGGCUUUGCACAAGUUGUACAGUGAUAAGCAGUGUUAAUUGAUACCGUUGAUGGAUUAGAACAUCCCCGAGGGGUUGUCGAACGUAAAGAGCGUGAAGAAGUGAAAAGUUACAGCAAAUAUCCAAGGAAUACUCGGCGGGAAUCCGAAUUGGAAUCUCCUAGUGAAACGCAGAUGCAUCUUCCGGCUAGCAGCGAGUGCCAAAGUCCUCCGCUUUCCAACAACAUGACUGAUAUGUUCUCGAACCUGCACGAUAUGCUGCAGGAAUAUCACGGCGAGUUGGUCCAGACUGGUUCGCCGGCGGUACUCUGCUCGGCUCUUCCGACGCACUGGCGCUCGAACAAGAGUUUGCCGUGUGCCUUCAAGGUGAUCGCCCUGGACGAUAUUCAAGACGGUACACUGGUUACGAUCAAGGCCGGAAACGAUGAAAACUAUCACGGUGAGCUGCGUAACGCGACGGCCGUCAUGAAGAGUCAGGUGGCCAAAUUCAACGAUCUUCGCUUCGUUGGUCGUUCCGGACGGGGCAAAUCGUUCUCGAUCACCAUCAUCAUCAGCUCCUAUCCCUGCCAAGUCGCUACCUAUACGAAAGCAAUUAAAGUCACCGUCGACGGUCCCAGGGAGCCACGGUCCAAGCAAAAUUUCGCCUACGGUCACCCGGGUGCAUUUAAUCCGUUUAUGCUCAACGCAGGAUGGCUGGAUGCGGCCUACAUGAACUAUGCCUGGUCCGAUUACUUCCGGCAGCAGCAGCAGCAGCUACAGAGUCAACAACCACAACCGCAAGGUCAAACCAAUUCCGCUCCGGUUGGCAUUGGAAAAGGAUCUCCAACGUUACCAACGACAAACGGAACGACCGGGCCCAUGCUCCCAACGCCGCCCGCAGAAUUUCUACCACUACCCGGAGGUCAAAAUGGACUUGCUAACGGUCCGGUCCUCCCCAACGGUGCCACCUACCUGACGCAGUUCCCGUUCGGUCCUCACGCCGAUCUUCACCUGAAAUCUCCGUUCCUGCCUUACGACAUCUCACCGCUCCGUGCCAACGGUCUGCGCAAUGGACCCCACCAGCUGGCCGCCACAAUCACCAUUCCUUCCAACGAUUUUAUCUCCUCCUCUCGGCUCUCGCCGGCCUCUUCACGCAACUCAAACUCCUCUCCACCAUCAGCCCCGAAUCAAUCCCAAACCAAAAUCAGCUCCCCGUUGGAGCUAAACUCCACCAACGAACACUCGUCGGCCGAUGAAUCCGACGACGAGCACAUCGACGUCGUGAAAUCCGCAUUCGUUCCGAUUCUGCGACCGCUGCCAACCUCCUCCGCGGAUACCAGCUCGGACGCCCUGAACGCUCCGCUCAAAUCGGAAACGCCAGAUUCGACCACUAGCUCACCAAAAACCCGUUGCGAUCUGAAGGCACCGUCCUCUAAAAAACCACAACUGCACGAAAUUGCACCCAGCGAACCGGCCUCGCCGGAGAGCACCAAACUGUCGUCGCCGAACAUCAUCCUGAAGCAAUCGGCCAAAACCGUGUGGCGACCCUAUUGAGAAUAUCUACUGAUCCGCCAAGUGGCUGCGGCAGCGGCUGCUAUCAGGGCUGCAUCCUGCCGACUGGGGAAGUAGUGCUAAAUCUAUUAUAGACUAAUUAGUUCAGAUCUGGUGAUAUUAAUGUUAAUGAUAAUCGGUGAUGUUAGCAAAUAGUGAUAGGUCAGAUGUACAUAGCAUUGUGCAGCAUUGUGAAUAUAUUGCGUCAAAAGCAGACGGCAGCCCACACACACACAUACGCGCUCGAAGAUUUCCUUUUUCACCGUAGGGGUUAUGGAAAGAAAGGCAAAUCAACACAAUCUGUAAAUAAAUGGGUCAAGCUCUCAUUCGAAAUGUUUUCUGUUGAAAAUUGGUAAUUAGAGUUGUGAUAGACUCGAAGAAAAUUUAUAUUUGGCACUGCUCAUAUAUCUAUUCUAUAUGUAUAUAGAACUAGUUAUCUAGAGAUUCUUAUUUUAUUUUAAUUUUAGUUUAGCCAACAAAAGCGAGAAACAGGUACAUUUUAUAGUACAAAGCGGUAUUUAAUUAGAGCGACACUGGAUUAUGUCAAUCGAUGAAAAUAAAAGUUUUUUAAAAAUAACAUUAAAAAAA